AUGGGCAGCAAGGAAGAUGCGGGCAAGGGGUGUCCGGCAACCGGUGUUGUCUCCAGCUUCACCAUUCAGUCCAUUCUGGGCGGGAGCCCCUCGGAGGCACCGCGGGAGCCCACCAGCUGGCCGGCCAGGAAGCGCAGCCUGUCGGUGUCCUCGGAGGAGGAAGAGCCGGACGACGGCUGGAAGGCGCCAGCCUGCUUCUGCCCAGAUCCGCACGGCCCUAAGGAACUGGGCCCCAAGCACCAUGCCCCCAUUCCUUUUCCUUGCCUGGGUACCCCCAAGGGCAGUGGCAGCGCGGGGCUAGCAAGCUCAGAGCGCACGCCUUUCCUCUCUCCUUCGCACCCGGACUUUAAGGAGGAGAAAGAGAGGCUCUUGCCCGCGGGCUCGCCCUCGCCGGGGCCGGAGCGGCCGCGGGACAGCGGCACCGAGCGGCAGGCGGGCGCGGCCUUAAAGAAGACGCGCACAGUCUUCUCGCGCAGCCAGGUGUACCAGCUGGAGUCCACCUUCGACAUGAAACGCUACCUGAGCAGCUCCGAGCGCGCCUGCCUCGCCUCCAGCCUGCAGCUCACCGAGACCCAGGUCAAGACUUGGUUCCAGAACCGCCGCAACAAGUGGAAGCGGCAGCUCUCAGCGGAGCUGGAGGCGGCCAACAUGGCGCACGCAUCCGCGCAGACUCUGGUGGGCAUGCCGCUGGUAUUCCGGGACAGCUCGCUGCUACGCGUGCCGGUGCCCCGCUCCCUCGCCUUCCCCGCGCCCCUCUACUAUCCCGGCAGCAACCUCUCGGCCUUACCUCUCUACAACCUUUACAACAAGCUCGACUACUGAAUCGCCCACCACCCCCCGCGCCGCCUGUCUGCUUCCCAGGACGCACGGGUCUGAUUUCAGCUGCCAGCUGAGCCUGGCGGGGGCUGCACCUGCAUAGGGCUCCGGAGCAAGGCGGCGAGUUUCCAGAAUAUUAAGAAAUACACCAUGUGUAUUCGUUAUCUUUUAUUUAUGAACUCUGCCCUUUUUGUUUUGAUCGUUUCGGGUAUUUAUCGGCAUUCUUCAAGCCAGAUGGCCUGCUUUCUAACCAAACCAAUACGCUUUGAAAACCAUUUUGGAGGGAGGUGUAUUCAGGGUGGUGGUGGGAAAAGGAAUUUUGGCUAAAUCGGCUUUGGAUGAUAAGAAAAAAAAUCAGAAACACACCACCAAAACCAGGUGCACGCCUCCCGCCAUAUAUACACCCGUGUAUAUGUACAUGAACACACACUCAGCCAAACCAGGCUGUCAGGGGCUUUGGACAAUUGUCCAAUCGCCUCUUUUCGUUUCCUUCAUCCGGAGGAUGGGUAGGGGUGAAAAGAGGAGAGUUCAGAUCUGUAAAUAUUUUUAAAGAGAAAAAAAAAUAAAACACUUUAAA